GGGCCAUGCUGAUGGCCAUCCGGCUGCGGGGCAUGGAUCCGGACGAGACGCUGGCUCUGACCCAGGAGAUGGCGGUGUCGGGAAGGGUCCUGGAGUGGCCCGACAGCUGGCAGAGGCUCCUGGUCGACAAACAUUCCACGGGGGGCGUGGGAGACAAGGUCAGCCUGCCCCUGGCCCCGGCCCUGGCUGCCUGCGGCUGUAAGGUGCCCAUGAUCAGUGGCCGGGGACUGGGCCAUACCGGGGGCACGCUGGACAAGUUGGAGUCCGUGCCAGGGUUCAACGUCUCUCAGAGCCCCGAGCAGAUGAGGUGCAUCCUGGAACAGGUGGGGUGCUGCAUCGUGGGGCAAAGCGAGGAGCUGGUCCCGGCGGACAAGGUGCUCUACGCCCUGCGGGAUGUCACGGCCACCGUCGACAGCCUGCCCCUCAUCACAGCUUCCAUUCUGAGCAAGAAGGCAGCAGAGAAGGUCUCGGCCCUGGUGCUGGACGUGAAGUUCGGCAGCGCUGCCCUCUACACCAGUCUGGACAGCGCCCGGACCCUGGCCCAGAGCCUG